UUCCCAUGACGCAGCAGACAAGAAGAAGAAGAAGCUAAGGACCAUGGCCGACAGCGAGGAGUUCAGGCUGGCGUCUUCAGCAAUAGACCACGAAGGAAGGUUGCCAAGAAAGUACACAUCAGAAGGCCAAGGGGCGCAGAAGAAUAGAUCUCCGCCGUUGGAAUGGUACAACGUGCCUCAAGGGACCAAGACCCUCGCACUUGUGGUGCAGGACAUCGACGCGCCGAACCCGGACGGCCCUAUUGUGCCGUGGACUGUUUGGGUGGUUGUGAACAUACCGCCAAGCUUGAAGGGCCUUCCCGAAGAUUUCUCUGGGAACCAACAGGGGCUCGGUAAGGAUUAUGCGGCUAUCCAAGAGGGCAACAACGACGAUAAAAUCCCUGGGUGGCGUGUACCCACUUUGCCCUCACUUGGCCACCGCUUUGAGUUCAAGCUCUACGCUUUGGACGAUGAGAUGAACCUCGGCAAUAAGCCGACAAAGGAGAAGCUGUUGGACGAAAUAGAAGGGCACGUGCUGGGAGAAGCUGUAUUAAUGGCGAUCUUCUGAUCAUGGGACGGGACAUUCAACUUUUUGUACUCUUUUUUGUCACUUUCUUAUCUGAAAUGGAGCUGCAGGGGAGAGGAGAAAACUCUGUAUUUUGUGCA